CUUCUUUUAUGAACUGUUUCCACCUAAAUUAUUCCUCUUUUUUGUCCCAUUUUUCUACUCCCUUAUUCUUCACCUCUUACCCACUCCUGCUUCUCCCUCAUUCUCUUCUCUCGCCUUCGUACCGUAUCUUUAACUCUCCUUCGCAUUCUUCACCUUUGGAUCUCUCACUGGCCAACUUUUACACUCUCUCUCUCUCCCUAUCAGUACGCACGGAGGCAAACGCUCUGUACGCCAUCUGCUGCUGCUGGGUGCUCAUUCUCACCUCCUGCAUCCCGCUGUACCUGUGCCACGGGAUCAAGAAGCAGAAUUAUGACGGGAAGGUGUACAUCCAUUGUGGCUUUCUCGAUGAAGAUUAUAACCACAUGGCUUUCCACAUCGGCUUCAUCACCACCAUGUACUUCGUGCCCCUCGCAGUGAUCGUGGUGUUGUACCUCAUGAUCCUGAACCGCCUGUGGUACGGAGUGGUGCCGGGGGGAAGCCGCAGCGCCGAGAGUGUGCGGGGCAAAAAACGAGUGACGAGGAUGGUGGUGAUUGUGGUGGUCACCUUUAUUGUGUGCUGGUUCCCUAUACAGGUGUGUGUUCUCUCUCUCUCUCUCUCUCUCUACCAGAUGACGACCCUCAAGAUCAUCAUGCAGAUAGCGGCGCAGGUGUUGGCGUACAUCAACUCGUGCGUCAACCCCAUCCUCUACGCCUUCCUCUCUGACCCCUUCAGGAAGGCGUUCAGGAAGGUGAUAUCCUGCGGGCCUCAGCGAAGGAUGACAGUAAACGGACGCACGGACGAGAGGUCGCAGGAGUGCCGGCCAAUCAACCCUCGCCGCAGCCCUCAGUCCAUGCCCAUGACUCAUUUUAUGAGCAGCUCACAGCACCUCAGUCCCUCAGCCAACGUCUUACGACACGCCACCACCACCAGCAACACCACCACCACCUCCUUCACCAACGGCGCCACCAGAGAGGACGGCUCCACGGGAAACAACGUGCAGGAGGUCGGGUUCCUGGGCUACAGCACUCCGAACUGUGGCGGGGGAGUUACGGACACGUCAUGCAACUCGAGUCUGGCCCCUGAAUAGCGAACACCUGACGCCUCCUAGCCCGUCUGAGGAGUAAAGACCUCCCUGUCCCUUCCUCUGUCUCCUUUCCCUAACAUACAACCGCCGACACCACCGCCAUUGUCAUACCCCUUCACUACCGCCCCCACGACAUCCCCAGCCCAUUUCACCACCCAUAUCCUCUCCAUUUCACCCUAAAGUCUCCGCACAGCAAGACUCGAGUGAGCUGCUUUAACUUAGCUAACGAGGUGGACUUUUGCUGUUUAUUGCAGCGAGAACACAUCACAGGACGAGCUUUGGGGAGUUGUUGUUGCGAGGGAGGAGAGGCACCGGCGCCACGAUCAUUGAUGUUUCUCUCAAAGAGUUUUAUUGGCGAAGUGUUUCGAAGUGUGAAUACAAUAUAUAAAAAGUAUAUAUAUUUUUGUAAAUACAACUACAAUACAUGAAUCUUAAUACGUAUACAUAUUACACUUAGCGAUAAACCAUUUACUGAUCCAUGUUAAUUUUUGGUCUCUUUAUCUUAAUGUUAAGUUCAAGGAUUCGACGUGUGUGUGUGUGUUUGUGUGUGUGUGUGUGUGUGUGUGUGUGUGUGUGUGUGUGUGUGUGUGUGUGUGUGUGUGUGUGUGUGUGUGUGUGAGAGAGAGA